UUUCCAUCUUUCAGAAUGGAGUUCUCUGCAAUUUCCCCGUCCAAUUCACUUCAUUUUCCCACGAAUUUUCUCGAGAAAAUUAUGACCCAUUUUAUGGUACGUCCUAGAAAUGCUACUUUCUCCUGCAGGACCCUCCAAAUUCAAACACUCGCCUCGAACUUGGAAGAGAGCAGUAGAGUAUCAUUUUCAACGAGAUCGCGUGCGGACAUAAAAAAUGAAGAAUCUUUGGUGUUGGGCAAUCGAAAAGGUUGGAUUCACUUUGUGGGUAUUGGAGGUAGUGGGUUGUCAGCUCUCGCUAUGCUCGCUCUUAAACAAGGGUUUGAGGUUAGUGGCUCGGAUAUUGUGUGGAGCAGCUUCAUGGAUGGACUGAAAGAGGCUGGGGCACAAUUGCAUUUAGGUCAUUCAGAGUCAAACAUACAGAGGAACAACGGGUCCAGCUUACCUGAUGCAAUUGUUGUUUCAAGUGCUAUUCCCCAAGAUAAUCUAGAGAUUUUACAUGCCAAGUCUGUUGGAAUACCAGUAUAUAAGAGAGCUAAUUGGUUGGGAAAGCUCACAGAGCACUACAAUCUCAUUGCUGUUAGUGGUACUCAUGGGAAGAGUACAACAGCAAGUAUGCUUGCUUAUGUUUUAAAAUCAAUGGGAGAUGAUCUUACAGCCGUAGUUGGGGCACAAGUGCCACAGUUUGGAGGAGGAAAUAUUAUGUCAGGAAGUGGUCGCAAUUUUGUUUUGGAGGCUGAUGAAUAUGACUGUUGCUUCCUGGGAUUACUGCCUUACAUAGCUGUGGUUACAAAUGUCGAUUGGGAGCAUGUUGAUAUCUUUCCAGAUGAGGAAGCAGUCAAAGCUAUUUUUAGGAGGUUCCUGAAACAAAUCAGGGUUGGUGGACAUCUCAUUUUAUGUGGGGAUAGGCAAUGCAGUGCAGGUGCAUGCUCAUUGCUGGAUGACAGAGAAGAAUCAACUGUAGCAGACCAUUCAAGUGGGAAGUUGUCAACUCUGAAUUCAGAUAAAUGCAGUGAUGGCUACAGAAUAACAACUUUUGGAAUUUCAAGAACUAAUGAAUGGCAUGCAUUAUCGAUUCGUCCUAACUCACAAGGUGGUAGUGAUUUUGUACUGUGUCACAGGGGUUAUCCAGUGGCAAACAUCACCCUACAGAUACCCGGAGUUCAUAAUGUUCUCAAUUCAUUAGCAGUUAUUGCCACAGUGAUGGCACUGGUUAGUGAUGGAAGACAAAGUUAUGAAUCAAUCAAUUGCGUGAAGAUACACUUGAACAAUUUUGUUGGUGUUUCUAGACGUUUUGAGCUGAUAGGUACUGUAUGUGGAUGCCAUAUAUAUGACGACUAUGCUCACCAUCCAACGGAGGUUCGGGCAGUUCUCCAAGCAGCACGCCAAAGGUUCCCAUUGAAGGCUCUUUUGGUGGUAUUUCAGCCUCAUACUUACAGUCGUCUGGCAGCACUGAAGAGUGACUUUGCCACUGCAUUCAGUGAUGCAGACCAAGUUUUGGUUACAGAGAUUUAUGCCGCCAGAGAAACUAAUGUUUGGAAUGUCAGCGGAAAGGAUCUGGCUACUUCUAUCAUUGGGCCACCAUCUGAGUACAUCCCUUCCCUGGGGGAUGUGGUAGACAAGUUAGCGCAUCAGAUAUCCUUGGAACCUGAUCGAGAAACAGUUGUGUUUACACUUGGAGCAGGUGAUAUUACUACCGUGGGGUCAAAGUUGUUCCAUGAAUUGCAGGGAAGGCUGCAAAAGUGAAAGCCCGAGUUGGUCAUUGAAGCUCUGCUGCUAUUUGUGCUUCACUGACGAAUGGCAUGGUGGUGAUUGACACGAACAGGGCAUGUGAGUAGCUUUAGAUCCACAUGAAGGCUCUCACGGAGAAGGCACAUGCCAGAGGCCAGCUUUGUUCAGUUUUUUGGCUUUGCCUGAAUUCAUUUGUUGCCUCUCAUUAAAGUUCUGAAAAUUGCCAUCUCAAACUUGUUAUUACAAAGUUCCCAGGAAACAUGCAAACUGCCCAGGCGAUGGAUCGUAUUAGGGAUCUCAUUUGUUCUGGAUCUGUAAUGGCAUUCUUGCAUGACAAUGCCGUUGCGGUUCUCAUUCAUUGGAAAUGUAAUGUCUCCUAUGGUGAUUCGCAUUUAAAAUAUGUAAACGAUUGAAAGACAUGGAUUGGCAUAUAUUGUUGCAUUCUGUAAAUUGAGUCCUGCAGAUAUAGUAAAGUUUCUGAUCA